UAAUAGUGUAAGGGCCUGAGGACUGGAGUGAUGUGCUCAGAUGUUUUGGUUCUGGUCAAAUUCUGGCAGCAGCAUUCAGUAGAGCUGCAGCUGUCUAAUGGCGAUUUUCCAUUGCAUAGUACCCCACGUUUCUGUUUGGGUCAGGUCGGGUCAGCUUACAUUUGAGGGCUUUUCCACUGGGUGCAGUACGUAUUAACGGAUACUUUUUUUUUAGUACCGCCUUGGUUGGAGUUCCAAGCGAUCUUGGCUGAUACCAAAAUGUGACGUGGAAACACUGUAGAUCACUGAUUGGUCUGUGAGAAUCGUCACUACCAGUGUCAUCGCUAUAACGUAAAAUAUUAGCUUUAACUUCAUGCUAGCUUGCGCUGUCUCGAGUAAACAUGUUGUCAUCUGUGACAGCAUGUUUACUCCCUUUUAGCGAUGUAAAACAUCCACAGGUUGAGAAUUGAGAAUAACACCAUAAGUGUUUUUCAGACUUGCAGUAUGUGGCGGCACAUUCGCGACACGCACGUCCGCAUAUAUGCUUAAGUGCAACUUAAAUGUGGCUCAGCGGAGAGCGUCGACUGACUAACGCCACAUGUGUUUGCACAGAAAGUCAAUUUUAAUUUUGUGGCAGACUGAGAAAUAAAUGAAUGUAUGGAAACGUACAAUGAUGUCUCACUUGUAUGAUGUCACAGCAGUAGGCAGCACAAAUAUAACAACACGCCUUUAGUCCCUCCCAUUCCUAAGUGUUACUAAACUCGAUGGAAAGCUAACCAAGCCAAAGUGAGUUGAGCUGACCCGACCUGACCCAAACCAAACGGUGGGGCACUAUGCAAUGGAAAAGCCCCAUAAUGGUCUUUUUGGGGAUCUCAGUAAGGGGACCAUUGACAUAAUCCACCCUGCUGGUGAUAAAAAGCAUGAACAUGUUUCUCUAAGUCGUGUCUUAAGAUAAAACAUCUAAUUCUGGCUAUAUUUCUGAGGUGGCAGUAAGCUGAUUUGCCUUUUGCUUUCACAUGACUAGUGAAAUUAAGGUCAGGCUCUAAGAUUACACCCAGAUUUCUGACUUCAUUUAAUUACCCUUAGAGUCAAGGUAUGUGUUAACCUUGAGAAUUUCAUCUUUAUUUCCAAAUACAAUGACUUCAGUUUUGUCUCUGUUUAACUGUAGGAAGUUUUGAUGCAUCCAACUGUUAUUUCAUCAAUGCAUUUACAUAGGAAGUAAAUGGGUCUGUAGUCAUUGGGUGACAAGGCUAAGUAUAUUUGGGUGUCAUCUGCAAAGCUGUGGUAAGCAAUUUGGGUCUUUUUCAUUAUUUGAUCAAGUGGGAGCAUAACAAAAUUAAACAGAAGCGGUGCUAGAAUAGAGCCCUGUGGGACUCCACAUGUCAUGGGUGUCCACUCAGAUUUAUGGUUACAUAUGUUCACAUAAGGUAUGACUUAAACCAUUCAGGAACAUCCCAGAGAGCCCUACCCAGUUUUCCAGUCUAUGUAAGAGUAUUGUGUGAUCUAACAUGUCAAUUUGUAGUUUUAGUGUGACUGCCCAAUUGUUAAGUUUGAGCACUGUGCUGAACUACCAGUAGUUAAAUAAAAGCAAAAAAGCACAGAGUGCAAUUAAAAGCGUCCGAACAGUAGCGAAUCAGACAUCCUAGAAUACUAUAUUGUGUUCUGCAUAAUAUAUGAUAUGCAGGAUUUUAUGUUUAAAAUGCAUACAUGUAAAUAUAUGAAUAAUGAAGUCUUAUUAUAGGGGGUAACGUGAGACUUUCUUAAUGUUAAAAUGUUGUCGUGUGUACCUUUAUUUUAGUGUCUGGUUUAAAAAUUAAAUUUCCUUUAAUCUUAGAGAUAAAAAUGAAAUAUUACUUUUCCUUUUCACUUUUGAUAGGAGUUAUUUUAUAUAUCAGUAAUAAAUGCUGAGUUUAGUUAAAAAUGAGAAAGCUAAACAAAACCAAAAACCCCACUGAGCACAAAUAGACUUCAUGGAAAAUGUAUGAUUUCAUCCUGUUUAUUUUUGCUGGUAUUGAUUACGUUUCGGAUGUGCUCACAGGUAUGGACGUCAUCAUGGUUCCUGAGUGAAACUUGGCAAGCGUGCACUGGAUGUUUGGUGGACGCGACUGUGCUUCAUUUUUAUCUAGUGCACAUCAGCCACUUUCCCCACCUUUCCUUCCUCCUUCAAUUUGCAAUGCCAUGGUUUCGUUAAAUGUUAGACAACAGCGUUGUCCCAACAUCAACAACGACCACUGGACAGCAAACUGGCCUACAGAUGGAUUGAUGCCUGAAAGCAGUUACUGGCAGCUCUGCUCUCCUUCAAAGCCCAGCCAGCAGGGGGCGCUCAGCUCCAGCUUCCCCCCCGGCCCAGUGCCACUGGGACCUCCAGAAAGCCACCUUCCGGAGGGGGAUGCCUUGAACCGUCCGCUCGCCCCUAGCACCUCUGUGACGGACCUGUCUUUUCCCGGGCCGCCCCCUCCCCCCCCGCCACCCCCGAAACGCCACUGUCGAUCGCUGUCGGUACCAGAGGACCUUUCACGCUGCCGGUACACCUGGCGGCCGAGCGCCUCCAAGGUCUGGACGCCAGUGAAUCGCAGAUGCCACAGUGGAGGGGGCGCGGGGGGGCCGUGUCCGUUACGUGCCCCCAGCUCCUCUCUAAAUUCCUCGCUGCACUCUUCUUCCAGUCCCACCUUUUUCAGCCUGGCCCUCUCCCCGGAUUCUCCAUUGCCGUGGAAUUUCCCUUGGGAUCCGAGUGACGCCGCCGGAGGCGGAGCCUGUUGCUGCUUCUUCCCCUCGCCAUCCUCGUGCUCCUCCUCUCCUUCACCGCUUCAUCCGCCGCCACCCCCUCAGCGUCGUUUUUCUCUCUCCCCCGUGCUCAUUCGCGAGGCCGCCGCACAGUUCUUGCCACCGCCUCCGGUGCCACCGCAAAUCGCAUCCCACCCUCCGGCAGUUCCCGCCUCACCCUCGUCCGCCUGCAGUACUCCAUCUUCGGUUCGCCGUGCUCUUCCUCCUCAACUUCCACGGUGUCAUUCUCAGCCCUGUGACCUGCUCCUCCUUAAACCUGGCCUGAAGCGUCGCAGGGACCCGGAUAGACCAUGCGCACGGCCUGUGCUAGACUUUGCCAAAAUGACGCAGACUCGAAGCACAGACCCUCUCAGUUAUAUGGAACGUGGCAGACUGGCCUGCGGUGGGGACGUCUGUAUGGGCCUCGAACCUUUCUUUGGAGAUUUCCGAGGCUCGUGUUCACCAGCUGAAGGUCGGGGAAGGACGAGUAUUGGGCCGUUGAGCGAAAGCGAUGAGGAGGAGGAGAGAGAGGAGGAAGACCAUGAGGAGCGUGAGGGGGGGCAAACGAGCGUGUUUGAAAGGGAUUGUACUGAACUGGAUAUCACCCUCAUUGAGGAGAACUGAAGGUUUGGAAUUCCCCCUCACCUACACCGCCAGCAUAUUCAACCCUCUCUCCACCACCUGCUACUUUACACUGGCAGGCCUCUCAGGAACCCAGCCGGCCCUAAACGGGGCCCGCAGGCGUAAAAGCCCAUUAAUGCCGACUACUAUCAUAUGCAGGUAGUCACGGACGCUGACCAUCAACAUUGUACAUUCCAGAAUCAGUUGCUGAGACAUUCUGACGGAUGCAGAUGUACUGGAGAAACCAGCAUGGAGUUUUCUGUGUAUCGGACGAACUCUUAAAUUCAUCUUUAAACUGACACGCUGGAGCUGGAGGCGAACUGGUCUCCACGUUCCUGCUUCUUUCUUUUUGCGUCUUUCCUCUCGAAUCGUUUUGAUAGUAAGAAAAGACUUUCACGGAUGAUGGUUAUAAAUAUCAGUGUUUUGUUUCGGUUAAAAUAAAAAAAUGGCCGUAUAACAUAGCAGUAUUUUACUCUGCAGACCUUUAUACUUCCUGACGAAGGUCCAUCUGAUUUAAACAUAAGCCUUAAGAUGCCUGUUUUUUUUUUCUUCCUCUUAAUCAAAAGAUUCCUCAAGGAAAUGAAUUGUGUACUGUAGCUGUUGUUCUGUUUUUAUUUCUGCAGUCUCUCUCUUUAUUUUUUAAUCUGUACAAUGCAUUCCUCUGAAAUUGAAAUGUGUAUACAUUUAUUAAUGCACUGUAUUUGGGACAUUUAGAAAGAAGUGAACGCAACCACUGUAUUCUGAAGGCACAUUGUUUUACUGUAUUGUACAGCGAGUAUUUGUUCAAAUAAGUUGUGUAAAGAUGGUAGCUUGAAGGUCGGAGACAGGCUAUUUCUGUCAUUUAGAGAUUUUUUUUUUUUUAUUGUAUGUGUGAUGAAAAUUCAGACUCAGUUUAUGUAAAAAUAAAGUUUAUUUGAAAUUA